AUGCUCCAGGAUGGGACAAUUUUGUUGUACAAACAUUACAUAAUUUUAUUCCUGGGAUCAACUCCGCCGAAGACUGUUGCCAAUAAUCUUGGAGCUUCCAAUGCUUGUCUUACACCGCCAGUUCGUACUAAUUGGGCUAGUGGAAUAAAGAGCUGUCCCAAUGGUCAUCCUUGUGCGGCAUAG